AUGUCGGGCAUGCCGCUGAGCAUGGAUUUCAGCAUGCUUGAAAGCAUUAGCUCGCUCAACCGGACGACUGGCGGGCAUAAGCACAUGACGCCGGGCAAGGCGCACCCCCUGUCGAUGUCGUCGCAGCGGCCCAGCAUUCGCGUGUCGCACCUCGACGUCAGCGACGGGUCUAUGAGCAAUCUCGAACGAGCACUCGAAUACGCGAAGAAAAAAGUCGACGAUGAGCUUCGCGUGUUCAUUAGCGACAUCGCCAAGCGGCUAAACCUCCCGGGCGCCGCGCCGCCCAGAACGCCUCCCAAGUCGCCUGUCUCUCCCACUAACGCCUACCCGUCAACUUUCACGUCGUUUCUCAUGUCGCCGGAAUCGUCAAGAUGGGAGCAAGGGGCACUCUAUCUAAAAGACCUAGCCGAAAAAUGCCUACGGAUGCGUGCAGAUGAGUUCGGAUCGGCGUGCGAAGACAUUGUGCAUGAUUUGAACAUGGCGCGGCAGCAGUUACCCAUGGGAACCCUAAAACAGCUGCACAUGAAAAUGCUCUUCAUUCUCACGCGCUGCACGCGCCUGCUGCAGUCGCAGAAGGAAGCUGAGGCGGAGAUGCCGUACGGGGGAGUGUACGGGGGUCCGUAUAGGGGUGCGGAGGUGUUGGCGACGCCGAUGGUUCGUAACCGCCCGCCUGGCUUGCCGUCGACGCUGCGAUCGCAAGCUUCCAUGGCGGCUACUCACUUCUCUUCGUAUACGGCAUCGAAGCCGCUGGAACGUCCCGCAGAGCUCCCCGCAGGCCACUCCGCGGAGCUCCCCGCGGAGCAGGCGGCUGAGCAGUUGGCGGAGAAGCCGCGGCUGCAGCGGCAGCAGCAGCAGCAGCAGCAUCAGCAGCAGCAGGCGCAGCCGCCGCAGCGGCCGAUCAUCCGGUGGGACUCGUGUCCCGCGCCGGCGGACUGGCGGGUGCGCGACCCCAAGGCCGAGCAGAAGGGGGGCGCGGGGCUGGGGUUGGGCGCGCGCAAGGACGAGGGGAAGCAGCGGAGCAAGAGCAAGUCGAAUAUGAUGGACGACUGGAGUGCCGCGGUGGCGGAGAUGAGAGGGGCUCUAGACGACGGUACUUACGUGCCCGGCGGGGAUUUCAACCAAGAGGAUAGCGCUAGCGCGAGUGCGAGUGGGAGCGCGAGUAGUGGGUUCGGAUUUGGGCUCGGAGCAGGUUUUGGGUCCGGGCUUGGCUCAGGAUCGGGUGCUGAUGGCGGUUCGGGAUUAGGUUCGGUAUCAGGUUUGGGUUCGAGCUCUUCCAGCCAGCUCGCGCCUUCUAGCUCGUCGGGCCUGGGCUCGAGCUUGGGAUUAGGCUCGGGAUCAGGUUCGGGGCUCAGUUCGUCGAAGAAGAAGCUUUCUGGGGGGUUGAUUGGCGGAGUGACGAGUCUGGUUAGGAUGAUGCUCGCGCCGGGCGCGGACAUGCUCAUUGGGGGACAGCAGGCGCACAUGGCGGGUCCGCCUGCUUCGGCAGCGGACGCGGAGGUGCACGGGUCCACGAGCGCGCGGGGGCUGCUGUGGGGGCGGGUGGCGGAGAUCCGCAAAGAGGAGGAGAUUCAGCGCGCCAUGCGCAGCCAAUCCGCGCGUGACAAAUCCUCCCUCUCCCGAUCAAGCGACUCUUCCCCCGCCCUGGCGCCAGCAGCGGCGGCGGUAGCACCGGCGGUAACAGCAGUGCGGGAGAUGGGCCCAGCGGGAGACGCCGAGGUAGCGGCGGCGCUAGGUGCGGCGUUAAGCGCAGCGGGAGGAGCGGAGCCUGGGGUUGUAGCAGCACUAUCCACGGGAGCUGGCGCGGGGGCAGCAGGUACUGGGGGCGCCUGGGGCGAGGCGGGGGACACGAGCAUGGCGGGCGGGAGUAUGGCUGUUCCGCAGGAGGGGAUUAAGGGGAGUGAGGGAAUGGAGGGGAGGAAGGGCGGGCAGGGAGGGGCGCGGCAGGGGCAGGGGGACGUUCGGCGGGAGGGGGAGUCGGAUAAGGCGCACAGACGAGGCGAGGGGCGCGGGAGCAGAGCGUGGGACGUGCGGGUUCCAAGCGGGGAGGACGAGCGGAUGGAGAGUCGGAGGCACGGGGUGGCGAGAGAACCGCCCUCGCCCUCGGGAAACCUUGCAGAGGAUUUUGACGAUUUGCAUGAGAAGGCUAUGAUGAGGUCUGUGUCGGGGCGAAGAGUGCAGUAUAAGUACGGGUACUGGGGCAAGGGAGAGAACGAGGAGGAGGAGGGUAUGGAUGGGAUGGUGCCGAAUGAAGGGGAACAGGAGUGUGUGGUGAUUUGUCGUAUUUGUGAAGAGGAGGUGAAUGUUACGCAGUUACAGGAGCACUCGCGGCUGUGCGCGCUCGCGAAUCGGUGCGACUCGGCGCAGUUUUCGAUCGACGAUCGGCUGAGGCGGCUAGCGGACGGCUUGGAUCACAUCUCGAACGAGCAGGUCUCCCGGCUGAGCGCCAUGUCGUUCCAACGCGUGCCGUCCAACUCGUCGUCUGCUGCUGGCGGGGCGGCCUCGUCCGUGGUGCCCGCAGGGCUGGAUUCGCAUUCCCAGCAGGUGGGGUUGAUGGGGGUGGGGGGAGGUGCAGGGGCGAAGCAGGGUGGUGGCAGGUUCCUGUCUCCCUUGGGCAGCAGUAUGGUGUCUCAUGCAGACAUGCGCGAGGGGGAUGAGGGCGGCGCAGCAGGGGGGGGAGGAGAAGGAGAAGGGGAGCGGACGGAUGGGUAUGGCAGAGAGGAGGAGCAGAUGCGCGAGCAAGACUCAGCAGAGCUCUGCAGCAGAGAGAACGGGUCGUUGCACCCUGGCGUUCCCAUAAGCCCCACAGAAGAUCACCCAGAGCACCAGGAUCACCCAGCGCAUUCAAUGCUUCAGGAGCAUCAGGGCGCAGGGGGCAGCAGCAGCAGCAACGUGUCCAACUGGUCGUACGUGAGCCACCACCUGCAGCAGCAGCAGCAGCACAAGCUGCAGCAGCAGCAGCAUCUGCAGGCAGCAGGCGAGGAGGGAUCCCAGUACGAGCCUUCCAUGAGCGCAGUGACGAGUAUGAGCGGCGCUACCUCUACCAGCGGGUUCCUAUCCGCGGGUACGGCGUCCCCCAUGCCCACGUCGCCUGCAGGGUCGGCGGGCACGAGAGGGGAGAGCCAUGGGGGGUAUGGGAGCCCUGGGUCGUCGCUGCUGAAGAGUGCUUUGGCAGGAGGAGGGAGGGAGCUGAUGGAGGAGCAUAUACACAUGGUGGCACAGGAGGAGAUCGCUCUGAUGGACGACUUGGCGGACAUAGCACAGGACGUUGCUGAUGUCUCACUGGAGGACGAGAAGCCCGAGGAGCUGCUGCUGACGGACAUGAGGGACCUCACAGACCUGCUGCGCACCAACGAUGCACGCUUCCUCACCAUCGAUGUGUUCGGCCGUCGUAUCACCAAGCUGCUGCAGGAGAAGUACUAUCGUCUGAGGGACAUCCUGGACCACCAGAUGGGCGCGGCAGCAGGCAGUGCACUGCGAGGCUAUGGUGGGCCAGAUGGGGGCGAGGCGAUGCAGUACGCGGAUGAGGACGGGGAGGACGUGCUGCAACUCUCCCGCAGCGCCCGCAGCACCCCACCCAACGCGUCUCUCGGCGGCGGCAGCAGCAUCGGCGCCGGCGGCAGUGUUGCUGGUGGUGGGGGCGGGGGUGGUGGUGGCGGUGCUGUCGCUGCGUCGUCGUCGUCAGCAUCGGCGGCGGGGCGUGAUCGCACGACAAUAGACGACUUUGAGCUGAUCAAGCCUAUUAGCAAGGGCGCGUAUGGCCGCGUGUUCCUGGCCAAGAAGAAGACCACGGGGGACCUCUUUGCCAUCAAGGUGUUGCGCAAGGCGGACAUGGUGCGCAAGAACGCGGUGGAGAGCGUGCAGGCAGAGCGCAACAUCCUCGCCUCCGUGCGCAGCCCCUUUGUGGUACGGUGUUUCUACUCGUUCACAUGCCGUGAGAACCUCUAUCUGGUCAUGGAGUAUCUCAACGGGGGCGACCUCUUCUCGCUGCUGCAGAACCUCGGCUGCCUCGAGGAGCCCAUGGCCCGCGCCUACAUCGCUGAACUGAUGGGUCUAUUCAACAGUACAGGUGACUUCGCCAUCGGCCCUCUCGCGGCUACGGGACCCUCCGAGCCCCCCUCGCCCAACGUCACGGCCGCCGCCGCCGCCGCUGCUGCCUCUGCCUCUGCCUCCGCAGCUGCUGCAGCUGCAGCUGCUCUUUCCUCCCACCCGCCAGCCGCCAUGGGUUUCCCCAAGUCAGGGUCGAUCGACUCUGGCGCGUCAGUCUCUGCCUCCAUCCCCACUUCGCCUCUCUGGGCGGCGGAUCAGGCGGCAGACUUCCCGCAUGCCCCGUCCGGCGCGUCGUCCCACCCUUCGUCCUCUUCCGGCCGCACGUCGCCGUAUUCAGGGGUUCCGGGCGGCGUGGGGAUGGUGGGAGGCGGAGGGGCGGGGAGUAUGGGAGGGGGGGGAGGUGUGGGGGGAAUGGGGGGAGGGUCGGCGUCGCCAGCGUGGAAGGCUGAGGUGGAGUCGUUACAGGGCGCGGGGCGGAGUGCGUCGGCGGAUGUGGAGAAGAAGAAGGAGCAGACGGUGGGCACUCCGGACUAUCUCGCUCCGGAGAUUCUGCUCGGCACAGGCCAUGGUGCCACAGCGGAUUGGUGGGCUGUGGGAGUGAUGCUCUUUGAGCUGCUCUGUGGUGUUCCCCCUUUCAAUGCGCCCUCCCCUGAGAUUAUCUUUGACAACAUUCUGAACCGGGACAUCCCAUGGCCGGAGGUGCCUGAGGAGAUGUCGUACGAGGCCAUGGACCUCAUUGAUAAGCUGCUGCAUCCGGAGCCGUCGCUGCGGCUGGGAGCGAGGGGAGCAGAGGAGGUGAAGGCGCACCCCUUUUUUGCCGGCAUCCGCUGGGAGACCCUCGCGCAGGAGCAGGCGGCGUUUGUGCCAAGUCCUGACAGCCCGCAUGACACGGGGUACUUUCUGACGCGCGGGUGGCAGCAGGAGCCGGGCGGCAUGGACGGAGGCGGCAUGGCGAUGGGCAUGGGCGAGAGCGAGAGCGCCAGCAGCGACGCCUGCAGCAGCACGUCUGCAGAUGACUUUUACCAGGGCGAGCAGGGGGAUGAGCCCGGGGACAUGAGGAACUUCUCGGACAAUGUCGCUGCUGCCUUCACCAAUUUCUCCUUCAAGGUCCGUGCUCGUGUUCAUGCUCAUGAUGCUCGUGUUCAUGCUCAUGAUGCUCGUGUUCAUGCUCAUGAUGCUCGUGCUCAUGCUCAUGAUGCUCGUGUUCAUGCUCAUGAUGCUCGUGUUCAUGCUCAUGAUGCUCGUGUUCAUGCUCAUGAUGCUCGUGUUCAUGCUCAUGAUGCUCGUGUUCAUGCUCAUGAUGCUCGUGUUCAUGCUCAUGAUGCUCAUGUUCAUGCUCAUGAUGCUCGUGUUCAUGCUCAUGAUGCUCGUGUUCAUGCUCAUGAUGCUCGUGCUCAUGCUCAUGAUGCUCGUGUUCAUGCUCAUGAUGCUCAUGCUCAUGAUGCUCGUGCUCAUGCUCAUGAUGCUCAUUCUCAUGCUCAUGCUGAUGUAGAUGCUGCCCUCACCCCUCCGUUCUCUUCCUCCCUGCACUCACCCCCUCUUCCCUCUUAA